GUACUGGAGUGCUUGAUGCUUACUGCUAUAGUGCCAAUCCUGUCACCUGCAGAGCGCUGCUAGCUGCUUGGAGUUAGGUAUGGAGAGGUGCUCUUAAGGGUAUUGAGGGUGAUUUAUCUCUUGCAUCAUGCGCGAAUACAAGCUAGUGGUUCUUGGUUCUGGAGGUGUUGGAAAGUCUGCUCUGACUGUACAGUUUGUUCAAGGAAUAUUUGUUGAAAAAUACGACCCUACGAUAGAAGACUCCUACAGAAAGCAAGUUGAAGUAGAUGCACAACAGUGUAUGCUUGAAAUCCUAGAUACUGCAGGAACGGAACAGUUUACAGCAAUGAGAGACCUAUACAUGAAAAAUGGACAAGGUUUUGCAUUAGUAUAUUCCAUCACAGCACAGUCCACAUUUAAUGAUUUACAGGAUCUAAGAGAACAGAUUCUUCGAGUCAAAGACACUGAUGAUGUGCCUAUGAUUCUGGUUGGCAAUAAAUGUGACUUGGAAGAUGAAAGAGUUGUGGGAAAGGAACAAGGUCAGAACCUAGCAAGGCAAUGGAAUAACUGUGCGUUCUUAGAGUCUUCUGCAAAAUCAAAGAUAAAUGUUAACGAGAUCUUUUAUGACCUUGUGCGACAAAUUAACAGAAAAACUCCAGUGCCUGGAAAAGCACGCAAAAAGUCAUCAUGUCAGCUACUUUAAUACAUAGCUGUACUGUAGCUCUGAGCCAGGUCUGAAGAACUGUUGCCCAAUUCAACAGUGCCAGCAUUCCAACUUUAUUAAACCUACCAACAUCUUAAAUGGACUUUCCUGUGGUGGUACCCUUUAAGAAAUGGAUGAAAGCUACUACAUCAGUUUGCACAUUCUAAUCACUUUCCAGUGUCACGAGAGAUUUUUACUUAUAAAUAUUCUAAGUGUAUGCAACUGGUAAAACCAGAGCCUGCAUCCAGUAUUACUGAUAAGAGACAUUGUUCAUCCACCAAUGUUGUACAUGUAUGAAAACUGUGUACUGUAUACUUCAACAAUCCCCACUUUCUAUUGGAGAGUACAAUAAUGUAAAUCCUAAAAGCACCACUAUUUUAGCAUAAUAAAAGAAAGUCCAAAGAGCUCCUAUAUAGACUACUCCAGAUAACUUUGCUUCAUCGGUAUUUGUAGCUUAUUGUAACUUUUUUAAAGAAAUACAGGAUCAUCAUCAUCGUAUUGUACAAAAGCGCUUUGAUUAACACAACAGCUAUAUAGUUUUUUAAUUUUAGGAAAAACCUGUGGAGACAGUGAUCUAGUCUUUAAGAGUCCUUUCAGUAUAACGUCUGACUAAAGACAUGGCCUUUAAUAUCUGUUGGGAAGGAAAUGUCCAGACUUUUCAACCUUUUAUUGUAUGUUUCCUUUUCCUUGUUUACAUAGGGAACAAUGUUUAUAGUUGUGUGUACAGUGGGGGUCUACAACAAGAAGUGUAUAUUUUAAAACGAUUUUUUAAUGAUUUAACAAUUUUUUGUAAAUCAUUUUCGGGCUUCUGCAGCUGUAGAUUCUCACUGUGAAUUCCCUUGCUUGCUCAUGCAUAAGUGUAUUUGCAAUACCAAAUAUACAGGUUUAGUACUUUUGCCUGUUAGUGAUUGUUUUACAUGUGUAACGUUUUGGUUGAGAUGUUAAAUGGUGGAAGAGUACUGUGGAUGUGAAUGUGGGAAGUAAUUUUAAUCAUGUGUAAUUGGUCACAGGGCCUAAGUUGCAGUAAUUAACUUUUGCUGAUUUAUUUAACAAUGCCUUGUUGCUUUGUAUGCAUUAACGUUUGGGUGUAAAGAUUGUGUGUAUAUCCAACAGGGAGCCACAGUAUUUAAAUUGACCAACCUAAUGUUACAACUGCUUUGAGGUGGCCAAAUGUAAACUAAAAGCCUUAAUUAAAGUGGUGCAAUUUUGUAUGACUUAGCAUCAGUAGUUCAAUAAAUUUGGAUUGCCAUGCAAGGGCUUGCAUUACAGUUAUAUACUACUUGAAUGUUUUGUGGUUUUAGUAGUGCUAGUAAAUAUUGAUUUUUAAAUCUCUUGCAGAGUGCAGAUUCAUAGUAGGAUGAAAAGGAACCAUUAUGACUUUGUCUUCUGACAAAUAUAUGCUAUAGGUAUUUCUUCUAAUAGCAUCCCAUGUGCUAGGGCAGAUGAAUUUCUGACUGAAUGAAAUUCCACUUACAGUUUUGGACUUGGAAUAUUCCAAGUCCUUUAAUGUAAGGGAGAGUCCCUCAGAAAAAUAGUUGUCUUCAAAGGUUAGACUAUCAGUGGCUGGUUUGGGAACUUGAAAAUAUGUUGCCUGCUAUUUUCCUUCUUUACAGGAAGAAUUCAUUGUUAAAAUUGACUUAGUGUAGCUAAAAAAAAAAUUCUCUUGGGAGAAAAAACGAUUUUUCUGCAUGAUUAAACCAUAUUUGUUUGGUUUCAAGGAAAUCUGCAGAAGAGCAUUCUUGCAUUAUUGAGUGUAGAAUUUUGUAGACUUUAAAUAUCUGUUAAUGCUGUUGGAUUGGAAUGCGUGGACUGUGGGUGAUUUCCUGAUCCUGGCUGUGCUGCUGAAAAUUAAUGUCACACCCAAGUACUUGGUACCUCCUGCUUCUCUGGCACAGAAUUAUCGGAGCUUGUUCUAAUCCAUUCCUGCAAAUUCAAUCAGAUUAGGUUAGCUAAUACCAGUAAGCUUUGAGAUAGUUUAUGUUGCCCAAAGUGAAUUAAGGAGCCCAGCUGAUCCUUCCUGCUGGUAAUUUCACCAGUCAUCACCAUUGUUUAAUGGAGGUAAUACACUCCUUCACUGUGCAGAGUCAGAGUUAAGACUGAAAUUCCCUUUCAUUUAUCGUUAGAAACCAGAGCAUGUGGAUGAUGAUCCCCAUAAAGAUAUCCUUUGGUACACUCUGCAUCCUGAUUGGUCCCCAGAGCAGAUGAGACUGGAGCACUGGAUGCUCUGGUUCCUUUUUCACUAGGUACCUUCUUCCUUGAUGAGCUAAUCAGUAUUUUUCCUCCUUUCACUUUCAACCUCUGCUUAUUCACGUCUUACGAUUUUAUGUCCCAAUUGUCCUUUUUAUCUCUGCUCUUUUUAAUGUGUUUCUUUUCCAGGCAGCUGUACAGAUGGCAUUGGGUGGGAGGGAGAGAAAAUUCUUGAUAACAUCAGAGAGGGGGCCCUGGUCUGGUCUCAGUGUCCAGCCAAAGAGUUCUGAUUACAGGGAACAUCAGGCUUUGUCCUGAAAGCUCUGUACUGAAGCAUUCCUGGUUGCUCUCUGGAAUAGUAAAUGUACAGCUCCUCAGCAUUAGAGGUAGGCAGUUCGAUCAAACCCCAGGAAAGUAAAACUUUCAGAAACUCCAGGCUUUACCACCUAAAGAUUGUGCUAAAAAAGUUAAAUACUCUUUUUCCCUCCUAUAUUUGGAACUUAGGCCAAAUUUGUAAUAUCAACACAUCAUAACCCAGGUAAUGCCAAAAAAACAGUAUUUGACUCCUUGAAAACUUAGGCAGGCUUCAAGGGAACAGUGUCCUGGUGGUUAAAGGGAAGAUGCGUGACAAAAUGAUGCUGAGGAAGUGAUGGACACAAAGCACAGGAAAAAUGCAUGAAAGAAUUUUUCUUCAUAUCUAUAAUUAUGGCAUAAGAAGCUGUUCCCACCGAGGAAGUGAAUGUCCAGUUCCCCACGGGAAUUGGAACUAUGUAAGCAGUUACCAAUUCUAGAACAGAAUUCUGUCUGCUGAAAUUUUUGAACAAACGUCUACGUAUCUUCAGGAUAACUGCUUUGUGUACCAGCGCUUAAGAAGUUCAUGCUUGAAUUACCUGUACAGAAACAGAGCGCUUCUCAUAAAGCUUUGGAUAAAGACAUGCAGAAUUCAUCUCUUGAGAAGUAAUGUAGUAAUUUUCCAAAUUUGGUGUUAAUACACAUGUAUUACUGCUUGUGAAGUUAGCUUAUGCUUACAGUGCACACAAAGGUUGUGACUGCUUUAUUUCCACCCUAAUCUUAAAUUGGUAUAUGUCAGUAUUUAAAUGGCUGAGCUUUCUAUGGAAAAAAAGUCAUGUUUAUGUCCUUGAAAUAUAGAAGUAUGAUUUAAUGGAAUUGCACUCUUCCUAUUAGGACUCUUUCCUGUCAAUCUAAGUUUAUUUCUUACACUUUACCUUGUUACUAAUGCCCCUCUUUAUCCUCAACUUAUUCUGUGAAAUGAAUGUCUACUUGCCGAAUUUACCAGAAUAUUUUGAGACUUUGCAAGAUGGUUUUCAGAGGUCCAAAUGAACUACUACUGCUCUUCUGCAUGAGAGAACUUGUGGAAAAGUACUGCAGAGUUAGAUAUUGUUUCAUGAUGUGUACUGAUACUGCAAUGCUAGAAAUGGGAGGUGGGAGGAGAAUCCUGCUGGAAUUUGGAUUAAACUGUGCGUUUCUCUCCUUUUCUGGUGUAAUUAGAGUUGCUGUUUCCUCAUGGGUGAGCACUGAAGAUGAGGAUUUUCUUCUUUUAAAAUGCUAAGCAAAUUAUGGAUGAAUCAGACUUGACAGUUUUUUUUCAAAGUUUUCUAAUCUUUGCUGGUUUGGGAAAUAACUUAGAGGGAGAGAAAUUCUACCAGAAUGCUGUACUACUUCUAGAUAGGCUUCAGUUUAGCCAUAUCAACAAUAGAAAGUUAUUUCUAAAUAUGUUCAAAACCAGUAGUCAAUAUACAGCUGUCUGUAGCACUUUUUGGAUUGUAAUAGGAAGAUGUGGCCAAAUACCUGUGUAGACAGAAAGCUUUUCUCCAAUUUUAGGCUGCUGUCCCAACAGCAUUAGGUUAUAUUUCAACUU